UGCGUUGGUAGCAAUAUCGAGAUCAGAGCUGCAUUCUUUGGCUGUCAAGGUGCAAAAAGUGCAUAUUUCAGCCAAAGAACGUCUUGUCCUCCAUCACAUCAGUCGGUAUCUUAAAAUGAAGCGCAUGGGAAUUGCCAAGUUGUAUUGCCUUGCACUCGUCCUCGCCUUGGCCUUGGGCCUGAGCAGCGCGGCAAGGGCUCCCCGCUUGAGGACGCACCAUGUGAAGUUCGUCAACCAACUUGACAACAAAGUGCUUAACGUCAACUGCAAAAACGAGAAACCAUACAUCGAUCUGACCCUUCAAAUUCUUUUACCAAAGCAGGAGUAUGAGUUCAAAUACAAUGUUGCACGCGGCAUGAAUUUCAGGUGCGAUCUGCGACAUGGGUCUACAAGCAGAAUUUUCACCGUCAGUGAUGCAAUAACAAAGAGAGAGUGCGGUGGAAACCAUUGCGUCUGGAAAGCAGAAGAUACUGGAAUUUCCCUACUUAACAGUAAAACGAACCAGUAUAAGUUUAAAUAUGGCUGGGGAAAUUGAUCAUGCCCAUGCAUUAUUAUUAGGGUACUGAUUAUGACGUCAUGAUUAGGAUCGGAAGAUAAAAUUCUCAAGAUACAUGUGUAAGAUCUGAGCUAUCAAUGCUUUAUUUUAUCAUGGUAAUAAAAUAACUAAAAGAGUAAUUAAGUUUAUCAAAGUCGUUGCUUUCCUUCGUCUUCCUUAUUUUUUCUUGAGUUUGGUAUUUUCUUUUGACUUUGUCAUGGCAUAUAUAUAUAUAUAGAAGAUCAGUUGUUUUCUCUUAUUUUUUCUUUUCCCGUUGUUAUAUAUGCUUGGUUGGAUCAUGAAUAUAGCAUACCCAAAACCAAAUUU